AUGACGCAAACAAAAGAUCACGUCUUGAUUACAGGCGCCGGUGGCUUUAUUGGCCAAGAGCUCAUCGUGUCUCUCCUGAAAGACAUGCCAUCAGCCCACUUCACACUCACCGACAUCAUCAACCCUCCGAUCCCAGCGGGUGCCGAGAACCAGAUCACAUCUCUUAAAGCAGAUUUAACCAACCCUUCGGCUGUCACAUCCCUUCUAUCCAAUCGCUUUAGCCAUGUCUACAUUCUUCAUGGUUUAAUGUCUGGUGGCGCAGAGGCCAACCUUGAUCUGGGACUGAAGAUCAACGUCGACUCUGUACGGACCAUUCUCGACGUGCUAAGAACGGAAUACCGUGGUACCAAAGUCAUCUUUGCCAGUUCCUGCGCUAUAUACGGACAAACAGAUAUCGUGACGGAAUUUGGAACCCUUCCACAGCCCAAGAGCUCCUACGGCAUCCAGAAAUUACUCGUUGAGCUUCUUAUCAACGAUUACUCCCGUCGCGACCUUCUUGACGGUCGGAUCGUGAGAUUACCCACUGUCAUUGUUCGCCCCGGAGCGCCCUCAGCUGCUGCGUCAAGCUUUGCGUCGGGAAUCGUACGGGAGUCACUAAAUGGCGUUAAGAACACUCUACCUGUCAGCCGUGAUCUUGAACUUUGGGUCUGCAGUCCUGCUACAGUCAUCAAGAACCUCGUCAAGAUUAAAGACGUACCAAAAGAAAAAUUUGGUCCAUCAAGGGUGGUAAAUCUUCCUGGUAUAACUGUUACGGUUCAAGAUAUACUGGACGCCUUGAAGGAGAUUGGCGGCGAUAAGGCCCUGGCACAUGUCGAGGAACAAAAAGAUCCUGCUAUUGAAGCUAUUGUGAGUAGUUGGCCAGCAAGGUUCGACGUUUCAAGAGCUUUAGGUCUUGGACUAGACGCAGAUGGGAAAGUCCUGGAUGCUGUGAAAGCGUUCCAGGCGAAGGUUGUCAAGACUUAG